AUGAAGAAGGAAGAGGAAGGGGAAGAAGAAGGAAGAAGAAAGAAAAGGGAAGAAGAGGAAAGAAGAAGAAGGACGAGGAGGAGGAAGAAGAAGAAGGGGAAGAAGGGGAAGAAGAAGAAGAAGGGGAAGAAGAGGAAGAAGGGGAAGAAGAGGAAGAAGGGGAAGAAGAGGAAGAAGAGGAAGAAGGGGAAGAAGAGGAAGAAGAGGAAGAAGGGGAAGAAGAGGAAGAAGAAGAAGAGGAAGAAGGGGAAGAAGAGGAAGAAGAGAAAGAAGGGGAAGAAGAGGAAGAAGUGA